AUGGAUCACAGUCGCCGCAAAAGCGCGUCUCAAAGCUCUUGUACUCUGUCUUCAAGCAGCAGCAGCGGAAUAAGUCGAGGCAACUCCACUGCAGAGGCCGAAGACCGCAAGACCAAAGGCCGGUGGUUGUCUCAGAUCAAAGAUUGGGUAUCAACAUCGGAGCCAUCGAAACAAGCUCUGAAGAACUACAAGAAAGAUGCGUAUAAGAGGGCCGGCAUAUCGCCAAAUGACCCCAGAGCAGGCGCCAAAUUGCACAUACCAGCUGCAACGUUGCCUGCAGAGGCAAUCAAGCCUUCUGGACCUGGCCCGGAUCCCGAACAGAUUGCCCUGAGGAAGGCAGAGCAGAAGAAGAAGAUGAGGCAAUCGUUCCAGACAAUGGGAGGGUCUCGAACGUCCCAAGGUUCUCGAACUAGUGCCAGCCAAUUCUCCUCGAUGAACAGUUUGCCACUGGAUGACCUGAAAGAAGAUGCAUGA